AUGAAUAUCGAUAUUAUUCUUCGAAUGGGUUUCUUUAUUAAUGAUCUACAUCGUGAUAUUCAACGACUCCAUUCAGAACAAUUUGAUGGUGAACAAUCUGAUAAAAUAUUUACAGUUUAUCGUGGGCAAUGUCUUUCAAAAGAAGCUUUUAGCGAAAUGAUAAAUACUAAAGGUGGACUUCUUUCAUUUAAUAACUUUCUAUCAACUAGUAAAAAUCGUGAUGUUUCUCUCUUAUUUGCACCACAAGCUGCUACAAAUCCUGAUCUUGUCGGAAUUUUAUUUGUUAUAUCGAUUAAUCCUACUAAUUCAACAACUCCAUUUGCUUCUGUUAGCGACGUUAGUCAUUUUCAUAUGGAAGAUGAAGUUCUUUUCUCUAUGCAUACCGUUUUUCGUAUUGGAGAUAUUCAACUAAUGGAUGAAAAUAAUGAUCUCUAUCAAGUUAAUUUAACAUUGACCACUGAUAACGAUCAAGACCUUCUAACUCUUAGCGAUCAGAUCCGGCAGGAGACUUUUCCAGACGAAAAAGGAUGGUACAGAUUGGGAUUAUUACUGAUUAAAAUGGGUCAAUUUACCAAAGCUCACGAAAUUUAUAAAGUUUUACUCAAUCAAACAACGAAUGAGAGCGAUAAGGCAAAUAUUUAUCACCAACUUGGCCGAACCAAAUAUAAUGAAGGAGAAUAUCAAGAAGCACUUUCUUAUUAUGAAAAAGCCCUUACAAUUCGACAGCAAUCACUUCCUUCUAAUCAUUCUGAAUUGGGUACUUCUUAUAGCAGCAUGGGUACGGCGUAUGCUAGCAUGGGUGAUUAUCCAAAAGCACUUUCUUAUUAUGAAAAAGCGCUAACAAUUAGACAACAGUCACUCCCUUCUAAUCAUCCUGAUUUGGCUGGUUCCUAUAACAACAUCGGUUUGGUGCAUUACAACCUGGGCGAUUAUUCAAAAGCACUUUCAUCUCACGAAACAGCCCUUGCAAUCAAACAACAGUCACUUCCUUCUAAUCAUCCCGAUUUGGCUUCUUCUUAUAACAACAUCGGUGGUGUGUAUAACACCAUGGGUGAUUAUGCAAAAGCACUUUCAUCUCAUGAAAAAGCCUUUGCAAUUCAACAACAAUCACUUCCUUUCAAUGAUCCUAGUUUGGGUGUUUCCUAUAACAACAUCGGUUUGGUGUAUGAGAAUAUGGGCAACUAUUCAAAAGCUCAUUUAUUUUAUGAACGUGCUGUACAAAUUGCACAACAAUCAUUAUCAACAAAUCAUCCUGAUCUUCAACGAUGGAGAGAAAAUCUCGAAAACAUAAAAAGGAAAUUAUAA